AUGUACCACGAAGAAGCAGCCGGGCCCAUGGGCCGCCCGGCUUCCGCCAGUGCCGCCCUGGGGUCGCCUCCAGACAUGACGGCCCUGGGCUCGUCCAAAUCCUCCUCCUUCCAGUCCAUGUCCCUCCACUCCGACGAUAACAGCGUACUCGACGACGUGAGCCACUUUGAAGACAUUGGCCUCGAGGACGACACGACCCUCGCUACCAAGACCUUUGCCAAACACCUGCGCGACCCUCACGCCCGCCCUUCUGUUGGCACCCGGCCAUCCAACCCCUACGGCCGUUCCUACUCCACCGAGCGAUAUCCUCCUCAUCCCGGGUAUGCGGCCGCCGCUGCGACCUCUGCGGCAGAGCAUGCAGCCACGACACCGCAGUCGAGCACCAGUCUCACGAGCCUCACAAGCCCCAUAUCCCCUCCCGCGACGCGAGACCUCGCAGCAGGCGCCAAGGGACGAAGGAAACCCGAGAUCGGCCCCGUCCCCCGUACACGGCCGGCCCUGUCCACGCUGCAGACAGACCCGCGAACCUUCAACACCCGAAGCACCAGCCUCAAUGCUCGGUCCGCCGACGGCCACAGGGGCAUGCCCCAUCCAAGAGGCCUCCUCAGUCGAUCCGCCACGUCUCUCUCGUUCCCCAACCGCCGCCAUCGCAGCCCGAGCCCCAACAUGUCCCUUGUGCCGCGAGAUCCGAACACGCUCAUGCGUCCACGGCGCGGCAGCUGGCAGUCGGACCGCGACAGGAAGUCGGUCCUUGAACUGGAAAACGAAUGCGACGAAGACGACGACGACAACAUCCCCGACGGCCUUCUCCUCGAUAACGUCCCCAUCUCACCCCGUCCACAGGCCGAGCGCGCCUUCAGCCGACCCUCCUCUCGCGCGCCCUCCAGCGAUAGGGCGCCCAAAGAGCGCGUGCGCAGCCUGGGCAACGGCACACCCGCCAUAGCCAUGGCCCAAGGCUCCCUCAAAUCACCGACCUGGAAGACGGAUGCCGAUGCUGCCGCACGUUCCACAUCCCCAGCCGCCGAACCAGACGACGCCGAUAUACCCGAGCCACUCAAGGCCCGCGCCAAGAGCUGGAGCGCCGUACAUUCGGGGCUCAGCGCCGAAGCCAAGGCCUUGACGGAGAAGCUCGAGGAGCAUGCCGACGACAGCGGCGACAUUGACAGCUUCUCCUACGUCCGAGGCCGCAAGGAACAGCGACACAAAUCGGCGCUGCCAGAUCUCCCUUCGCUGCGCCAAUCUAACAUGAUGAUCGACGCCAUGCCCAUGUCGAAGGAGAAGGAAGCUGUUCUCGGGCGUACGCGACCCUCGUGGCUGCCACCGAAGGAUCCAAACGAGGACAAGAAGCACUGGAAAGAAUACGAGAAGAUGAUGGCACGAAGUGCGGAAUCCGAGCGUCGACGGGAAGCAGAGAAGAUGACGAAAUCCAACGACCGUGACGUCACGGCCAAUGGCUUGAUGCGUAUAUGGGAAGACAGCAUCAUACCGCGGUGGUCAGAUGCCAUCAGGGAGCGGCGAACCCGCGAGCUGUGGUGGCGAGGCGUGGCCUCUCGAAGUCGAGGCGUAGUGUGGUCUCGCGCCAUUGGCAAUGAGCUCGGCUUGACGCCCAACUCGUUCAAGGCGGCGCUCGGCCGAGCGCAUGAUGUCGACAGUCGCGUCAAGGCAGGCAAGGGCGACGCAGAAGACAUCAGGAAGGAGGCCUGGCUUUCCAAGAUCAGAGAGGAUGUCAACGAGAAUACGUGGCGAGAUCUGCGUAUCUUUCAGGUCGGCGGGCCUCUACACCAGAGCCUGGUCGAUCUCCUCUCGGCAUACGCCAUGUAUCGCAGCGACAUCGGCUACGUUGCGGGCUGCAACACUGUCGGGGCCCUUCUCUUGCUUAAUCUGCCGAACCCAUCGUCGGCAUUCAUUGCUCUCGCCAAUGUUCUCAACCGCCCGCUCUCACUCGGCUUCUAUGCAUCGGACCCAGGCGCCAAGGCAUCAGCCUACAACCUGGUCCUGCAGACGCUCCAGGUUAAAUCUCCUGGACUACAUGAACACCUGACCCGCAACAUACCCGAUGCCGACCCGGAAGUGUAUCUCAACACCAUCUUCACUGGACUCGGCACGUCGCACCUUGCUAUGGACGAGUGCGCACGCCUGUGGGACGUGUAUGUGUUUGAAGGUGAUGCCCUCCUCGUCCGUGCCGCGACAGCCAUGCUGCUGCGUCAGGAGAUGGCGCUAUUGGGCACGCGCGACGGCGACGAGGUCCGCAAGCUCGUUGAGAGCGGACCGACGAAGAAUGGCAAAGUUGCGCUGGCCGGCGGAUCUGGUGAUGAGGAAGGCUGGAUGCGCUGGCUCAGGGAGGCCGGCAAGGCAUAA